AUGUCUGACCGGAUCUUCUAUAUUCACUCUAACCUGUCCUCUGUUCCCUGGGAGGGCAGUACAGCAGCAGCAGUGCCUCCCAUUUCUCCCCCUACACCUGGUCACUACCAUGUCCUGUAUCGAGGGUAUGGAGAAACCCAGGUAGGUUGGCAUGGGGAGACAUACUGCCUGGUUGGCAGCUACCGGGUCUAUGGAGAUGCUCCUGUGGCCACCCCAGCAAAGGCUGAAGCAGAGAAUCCAGCCCCCAGACGAGCUCCCAAGAGGCAUCAGGAUCUGGCAGGGUCAGAUGAAGUUCUAGGUUGCCCUAGCCCCAAAAUUCGGAACUUACAGCAUGGUGGCAGGAGGCAGACCCCACAGAAGCUUGCUGCCUGA